CGAACAGCAUUGUCUUCAUAUGGAUGGACACCAAACACAUUUUUUUUGGCUUCAAAUUAUCAUAAAGACAACGAUGUUGUUCCAAUUUCACGUCGUUUGAAAAAUGGUCAACGUAUUACAAUUGGCUUUUCGAAAGCAGUAAAAGAUUACAAUCGGUUUUCACAUGGAGUUGACUGA